AUCUUAAAAUGUAGAAAAAAAACUCUAGAACACUAGCAAGUAGGUCACGUGCAAUAUACUCGCGGUUCCACUCUGCUACUCUUCCUCCCUCAAUAAUUCUCCCACCGCCACCCAUUCCGCCACCCUCCCACCGCCGUGACGAAACCAAUUCCUCGUUACAGGAUAUUUUCAUAAUACAUCAUCAUGGUCAAUGCCACUAAAGGAGUGUUUAUUUCCUGUGACAUACCUAUGGCUCAGUAUAUCAUCAACAUGAAUGCUUCAAUGCCUGCAUCUGACAAGUUCAUUAUACAUAUCUUGGAUAAUACCCACAUGUUUGUUCAACCCCAUGUCGAGCAAAUGAUACGAAGUCAAAUGGCCAAGUUUAGAGAGGACAAUACAUAUGUCAAGCCUAAUUGAUUCAUGUGAUGUUGAUUAUUAGUUGAUUAAACCUGUUUCUUGUAUCUGAAUCUCAUGCAAGGAAACUAUGAUGUAUUAGUAAGAGAUUUUAGCUGUUUUUAUCACUUUAAGAAUGACAUGUGUUCUUGUGGGGAUUAUUGGUGGAACAUUGUUUGUUCAUACAAUGAGUCCAUGAGAGUUUAAUCCACUGAGGGGCAAUACUAAUUUAUAAUUGAAAAAGGGUAUGAAAGAUUA